GAACAACGUAACAUAUAUUUACUAGCCCUUCGCGUUAAGAGCCGUAUAGCAGAGUUGGAGCAACCAGGAGGUUUGCUGUGGCCUCAAAACUACAGGGAUCCUUUGCAAAUGACGAGAAAACAGCGCUGGACACUGCUUUUGACGUCUACUGAUAAAGAAUUUGUUGAUUCGAAAAACAUUCAACGAUUUCGGACAAGCUUCUUUAAAUCGUUGAUCGGGGUGAAAAGGUUCCUUGAGAACCUCGUCCCCCUACACGAGGACUCUUCGGACAUGUCUGUUCGACCCUUAACGGUUUCGGUUCCUGACGAGAGGGAAAAUAUUGAGGACAUGUAUGAGAUUUAUUAUGGUAUACCCGAUCCUGUUGAAUGGGAAAUCAUUACAGUGUUUAUUAUCCUAGAUCCUUUCGAUUGGAAUAAGCCGUCGGAUGCGCCUCCAUGGACUCAAACCUAUAGACCUUUUUGAGACACAAAACCGACAAUUUCAUAACCCAUCGAAAAGAUCCUCGCAACGCGAAGCUCGGUUUAGUGUGAGCCGGAAGAAGCCGGAAGCAGCGGAAUCGGUUUGCUCGGUUAUCGUGACGAGAAUCUCAUCAGAACAUCGGGAAUUUCGGUUUUUCCGAAUAGAAAUUCGAAGAGAAAAUCAGAAGGGCGUAAUUUUUCGCUUAUGAAGACUCCAUGGCCACCGUGCAAUUGUACCAAUGACUCAAUCAAAAUUUUUUGGUGGCAUUUUGGCAUUUGGCGUUUGGUUCCUCCCCCUAUGGA